AUGGCAUCCGAACAAGCUGUAUUUGACGCUGAAGUCCGGGAAGUCGAACAAUUCCAGAAGCAACCCCGCUUCAAUAACAAGCUCCGCUCCUACUCUGCCGCCGAUGUCGUCUCCAAGAGGGGCACUUUGAAACUUCUAUACCCUUCAGACGUACAGGCGCAAAAGUUGCACAAGAUCUUGGAGAGUAAGGCGAGGGGAGAAGGUGGUGGAUGCACUGCUACCUAUGGAGCUCUCGACCCAGUUCAGAUCACACAAAUGGCCAAGUACCUCGAGACCGUCUACGUCUCUGGCUGGCAAUCAUCAUCUACCGCCUCCUCCUCCCUCGAACCCGGACCCGAUCUUGCCGACUACCCUUCCAACACUGUCCCCAACAAGGUCGCCCAACUCUUCACCGCCCAACUGUUCCAUGACCGCAAACAGCGCUUUUACCGCUCCCAGGCCCGCGCUGCUGGCGAAUCCCUCGAGCCUCCUGUCGACUACUUGCGCCCUAUCGUUGCUGAUGCCGAUACCGGGCACGGUGGUCUGACGGCUGUGAUGAAGUUGACAAAGAUGAUGGUGGAGAGCGGUGCUGCCGGUAUUCACAUCGAAGACCAAGCCCCGGGUACGAAAAAGUGUGGUCACAUGGCUGGUAAAGUCCUCGUCCCCAUCUCUGAACACAUCAAUCGUCUCCUCGCCAUGCGCCUACAAUGCGAUAUCAUGGGCACCACCAACCUCCUCGUCUGCCGAACUGACUCUGAAGCCGCCACCCUCAUCACCACCAACAUUGACCCCCGGGACCACGCCUUCAUCCUCGGUUCCACCAACCCCGACGCCGGCGAGCUCAACGAGCUCAUGCUCAAAGCCGAAUCUGAGGGCAAGAGCGGUGCGACUUUGCAGGCUAUCGAGGAUGAGUGGGUUAGCAAGGCGGGUUUGAAGCUUUACCCCGAGGUCCUCGCGGAGGCGCUCGAGAAGCAGGGUGUCGACAAAUCCAAGAUUGCCGAGUUUGUCUCAAAAGUCAGUGGAACGGCGCACGCUUCCCACUCUGCCACCACCUCCCUUGCCAAGUCCUACGGCCUCACCUCCCUCCCCUUCUGGUCGUGGGACACUCCCCGUUCUAGGGAAGGUUACUACCGAUACCAAGGCGGAACGCAAUGCGCCAUCAACCGAGCUAUCGCGUUCGCCCCUUACGCUGACUUGCUUUGGAUGGAGACCAAGAGCCCCAUCUACAGCCAGGCCAAGGAAUUCGCCGAUGGUGUGCACAAGGUCCACCCGGGGCAGUGGUUGGCUUACAACUUGUCGCCGUCGUUCAAUUGGGAGAAGGCGGGGUUGGGGAAGAAGGAGAUGAAGGAGUACGUUUGGGAGCUGGGGAAGCUUGGUUUCGUCUUCCAAUUCAUUACUCUUGCGGGUCUUCACUCGAACGCCUACAUCAACGACCUCUUCGCCAAGUCAUUCGCUACCGAAGGCAUGAAGGCCUACGUCGAGCUUAUUCAAGGACGAGAACGCGAAAUUGGAUGCGACGUCUUGACUCAUCAAAAGUGGUCUGGGGCAGACUAUGCCGAUGCGAUGAUGAUGACCGUCACCGGUGGUGUUUCUUCUACCGCCGCCAUGGGCAAGGGUGUCACAGAGUCGCAGUUCGGUGGUGACGACAAGAAGUCUUCACAUAAACUCUAG